UACUGCAUACUGGACACAGACAGUGUGACCCAUCUGUAGACCCAUUGUGUGUUAAAUCAGUUGAGGGACACACUAUGUAAGCUGUUUCUGUUGAAACAUUGUCGGGACAUUUUAAUAAGCAGCGAUAAUGUCCUCUUCCUCAGAACAGACCGAGUUUACUGCGGAGGCAGUGGAGAGGGCUCUUCAUCAGCUGUACUACGAUCCGGAUAUGGGGCAGAAAAAUGUGGCCCAAAAGUGGCUGGUGCAGGCCCAAGCGUCACCGCAGGCGUGGCAUUUCUGCUGGGCAUUGCUGAGCCCGGACAAGGUUCCUGAGAUCCAGUUUUUUGGUGCGAGCACACUACAUGGCAAAAUCUCCAGCCACUGGCAUGACCUCAGUCCUGAGCUUCGCGAGUCUCUUCGCUCUCAGCUCGUCACCCACGUGUGCCACUUCGCCCUUGGCCCCAAGAUGGUGCUGACGCGCCUCUGUGUGGCCCUGGCGUCUCUGAUCGUCCGCACGCUACUCGACACCUGGCCCAGCGCCGUGCCCGAUCUCCUGCAGGCGUUCCAGAGCGGAGAGGGCACUUCUGAGGUGGAUGGGCGGCGUCUUGCCCUGUUAGAGGUGCUCACUGUGCUGCCUGAGGAGCUCUUGAGCAAGAAGUUCACAUCAGGGAAUCGUGCCAGGCUUCAGGGUGCCCUUGCACAAGAGUGGAUACUGUUGUGUCCACUGCUGCGGGAGUUGCUACGGGGCGAAGGCUCGGUUGGCAGCAUGAAGGAGCGAGCGCUACGCUGUGUGCCGUCCUGGCUUGGGCUCGGCGUCGAUCUGGGACAGAGUGAAGGAGUGUUGCGGGAUAGCUUGGCGCUGCUUAAAGUGCCUGAGCUUUUUGAUACGGCUGUGGAGAGCAUCGUCGGUGCCCUCUCAGUGCCUGACUGGCAGAGGUCUGCAGACAGUCUGGUGAAGCUGUUGCCACAUGUUCUCGAGCUUCAGGAACAACUGAAGAAGGCAGUGCAAGACAGAGACAUGGAGACGUCUCAUGGAAUCUGCAGAAUCGUCGUUGCUCUCGGCGAAACUCACUGCAGAACAUUAUUGGAACAGACUGGACACUGGCAGGGUUUCCAGGCUCUGGUCAAUAUGAUUCUGUCCAGCACCGCCAUUCCUGGCCACUACCCAGUGGACGAGACGUCCAGCUCACUCACACUCACAUUCUGGUACACGCUGCAGGAUGACAUCAUGUCGCUGGAAACGGAGAAGCAGGCGUUUUACCUGCAGAUGUACAGACCCGUUUACUUCCAGUUGGUUGACGUCCUGCUCCACAAAGCACGCUUCCCUAACGAGCACGACUACGCCUCGUGGUCUUCUGAGGACAAGGAACAAUUCCGAACGUACAGAGUCGAUAUCUCUGACACUCUGAUGUGUGUGUAUGAGCUGCUGGGCCCCGAACUGUUGCGCAAACUGUACGAUAAACUCGGCGUCCUGCUGACCGACACGACGCACUCGUCCUCGUGGCAGGAUAUAGAGGCUCUGCUGUUCGGUUUCCAGUCCAUAGCGGACACCGCGGACGUCAGCUACUCAGACGUGAUUCCGGGUCUGAUCGGCCUCAUCCCCCUCAUCUCGGCGAACAGCGUUCAGCUCGCAGAGACUCUCAUGCUCACACUCGGCUCGCUCUCAGAGUGGUUGUCCGAUCACCCGGUCAUGGUGCCCGCCGUCCUGUGUGUCGUCCUGCCCGCCCUGUCCGACUCCGACCUGUCUGUUCCCGCGGUCACCACGCUGAAGAGAAUCUGCCGUGAGUGCAGGCGUCACCUUUACCCGCACGCCAACGACAUCCUGGCAUCCGCACAGGAUGCACUUGUUAAGCGGAUCCACAAGAGUCCUCAGAGCACAUGGUUGAUGCAGGCUCUUGGUUUUUUGCUCUCGGCCAUGCCGGAUGAGGAGAUCCCAGAAAAACUGCUCUCUCUACUUUCGCCACAUAUCCAGGAACUGGAGCUGCUGGCCAAUCAGGCGCCCUCUCCUGUCACUAAACACUCCACGCUCCAGGUUCUGGGCCUGAUCUCCAGCCUCUUCUCUUCUCUCGACUUAAAGAAGCACGGCGAAGGACUGGAUGGGGUUAAAGUUAGCCGAUUUGCUGCUCAAAACAAUCCGGUAGUAGUCAUGCUACAGCAGGUGUUCCCUCUCAUCCAAAAACUUCUGAGCAAUUGGCUGAAAGACACCGACGUGGUGGAGGCCUCAUGUGCUGUUUUCGACAAAUCUCUCAAGACCCUCGCUGGUGAUUUUGCUUCUCUCGUACCGCAGCUGUGUGAGCUGAUCAGUCAGCUGUUCAGCGCCUACCCACAAGCCUCCGCCUUGGAUCUCAUACAACAGCUGGUUCAGAUAUUUUCCUGUGAGAAGGAACAUAUCUCAUCAAUCCGCGCAGUGCUGGAGCUCAUCACCAACGUGACCAUGUCGCUUUUUCAGCACGGUGCAAGAGACCAUCCUGAUGUGGUCGAGUCUUUUAUGAAGCUUCAUGCCCAGGUUUUGAAAAGGAAAGCAGAUCUGUAUCGCUCCGAGGGUCUCGAUAUCAGAGUGGUCUUCUACUGCGGAAUUUUAGCUUUCAAAUUCCCAGAGACGCCCACUCUGAGGUCCACAUGUGCGCUGUUCACAGAGAUGAUGUCUCACUGCGAGGACGUCCCCGCUGUCCGAGACGUCCUACAGGAGGACGGGCUGCUGCUUCUUCAGACCCUGCUGGAGGCAAUCAGUAUCCAGACUUCCCAGGAUCUCCUGGAGCACCUGGCUGACGUUCUCUUCUCCAUCAGCCUCCACUGUCCCAGCUUGCUCGCGAAUCGUUUGAGAGACGCCCUGCAGCCCGACGCCUUCCCCUGCGCCCUACUCACUCCGGAGCACAAAGAGCGCUUCUGCCAGCAGAUCCUUAGAGAACAAGCGAGUAAGUGGAAGAUGAGGGACAUCGUGAAGGAGUUUUUCGUGUCAUGUCGAGGCCUUCAGGGAACGGAGGAUACCGCGGAUUACUGAACAUCCCUGUGUUUUUAGACACUUAUGGGUUGAAACGUGAAGACACAAAACGACACAGUAAUCGGGAUUUGCAUUGUUACACACUCCUAAUCUCAUGAGUUGAUUGUUGUUUGACUGAUUUCACAGUAUACGGUAUAGUUGUUUUUUUUUUUUAUGAGAGUUAUAUGCACUAUUUUAUCCUUGGUUGUCGCACCUCCUAAAGUGCCUUCACAUGUAAUCAACAUCGUCCCGGGUCUGUCUCCUGGCGUCACCGGUUUGUGUUGCACUUUUUUUUUUGUACCAUUUCAUGAAUUCUCGAUUCUGAUUAGUCAGGAGGCUUGUGACAGGAGGUCUGUGUCAGUGUGCAGGUCAAUCACAGGGAGGAAAUAAAAAUAGAGAACUGUGAGACUUCAAACAGAACAUGAUAUAUAGUAAGCGUGACUAGCGUUAAAACUUUUUACGUUUUAUAUGAUCAGGUCAUCGUUCAUCUCAACACUGAAUAACAAAAAAAAAUAACCAAUGAAUUUUACAUAAACUA